AUGGAUACCGAUAGCACGGACGAUUUAUCUGAUACUCUUGUCAUCACUCCAUUAGGAUCUGGACAAGAAGUUGGUCGGUCAUGUCAUUAUUUGACUUUCAAAGGAAAGAAAAUACUGCUAGAUUGUGGUAUACAUCCGGGUAUGACCGGAGUGGAUGCACUCCCUUUUGUCGAUUUCGUGGAUUGCGAGGAGUUGGAUUUGUUGCUGGUGACACAUUUUCACCUAGAUCAUUGUGGUGCUUUACCAUGGUUGCUCGAAAAAACGGCAUUCCGUGGUCGAUGUUUCAUGACACAUGCAACGAAAGCUAUUUAUCGUAUGUCAAUUGGUGACUAUCUGAAAGUUUCGAAAUAUGGUGGUUCAAGUGAUAGCCGAAUGCUUUAUAAUGAAGAGGAUUUGGAAAAAAGUAUGGAAAAAAUUGAGGUAAUUGAUUUUCACGAGCAAAAAGAAGUGAAUGGUAUAAAAUUUUGGUGUCAUGUUGCGGGCCAUGUUUUGGGUGCCUGCAUGUUCAUGAUUGAAAUUGCUGGUGUUAGGAUAUUGUACACAGGAGAUUUUUCAAGGCUUGAAGAUCGUCAUUUGUGUGCCGCAGAAUUGCCUACUGUAUCACCGGAUGUUUUGAUUUGUGAAUCAACUUAUGGAACGCAGAUUCACGAGAGCCGGGACGAAAGGGAAAAAAGGUUUACAAGUAUUGUCCAUGAAAUCGUUGUACGAGGAGGACGCUGUCUCAUUCCUGCGUUUGCGCUCGGACGGGCUCAAGAGUUGCUUCUUAUUUUAGACGAGUAUUGGGAGGCUCAUUCUGAAUUGCAAGAUAUUCCAGUAUAUUAUGCAAGUUCUUUGGCGAAAAAAUGUAUGGCUGUGUAUCAAACAUUUGUGAGUGGUAUGAACAGUCGAAUACAGAAGCAAAUAGCAUUGAAUAAUCCAUUCGUUUUUAAACAUGUUUCCAACUUAAAGAGUAUCGAUCAUUUUGAGGAUGUAGGUCCAUGUGUUGUGCUUGCUUCGCCAGGUAUGUUGCAGAAUGGUCUCAGCAGAGAGCUUUUUGAGAACUGGUGUACGGAUUCUAAAAAUGGUUGUAUCAUAGCUGGUUAUUGUGUCGAGGGGACCCUUGCUAAG